AUGCCACACUUGGAAGAGCACAACUUCUCGGCGCCUGCCGAGGAGCAUUCAUUCUCAGCACUGCUAUUCGACAUGGAUGGCACCAUCAUCGACAGCACAAAUGCAAUCGUCAAGCACUGGCAUCAAAUCGGCAAGGAAAUCGGCGUGGAUCCUGAAGUCAUCCUUGCCACCUCUCACGGAAGACGGUCCAUCGAUGUGCUGGAGAUUCUAGAGCCUAAGCUCGCUAACUGGGAAUACGUCUGCGCGGCCGAAGGCGCCAUCCCUAAGAAAUGGGGCCACGACGCCGUCGAGAUACCAGGAAGCCGAUCUAUCCUGGAAUCCCUCGAGCACGCCUCCGCCCCAUGGGCAAUCGUAACAUCAGGCACACAGCCCUUGGUCACGGGAUGGCUGGAGGUAAUGGGUCUAGCACACCCCAAGCAUCUGGUCAGCGCCGAGCAAGUUGCAAAGGGCAAGCCCGACCCGGCAUGCUACAAGCUAGGUGCUGAACGCUUGGGAGUCAAGAGCAACGACGUCCUGGUCCUCGAAGAUGCACCUGCGGGUGUACGUGCCGGCAAAGCGGCGGGCUACAAGGUAGUUGCUUUGGCUACCACGCAUACAGUGCAGCAGCUGCAGGAAGCCGGUGCGGACUGGAUCGUUUAUGACAUGCGCAGUGUGACGAUGAAGGACUUCGAUCAGAAGACUGGCAAGGUUGUGAUAUCAAUCAAGGAUGCGUUGGUCCAGUAGAUAGGGGAUACACGGAUUGUUGCUCUGUAACAGAGAGCGUUACUGGUAGAUCGUAGACGGGAUAGACAAAUUCGGAGAACAGUCGAGAAAUGCCAAUCGACAAGGAACAAAAUUCUUAAAAAAAAUCGCUUAUCAUUUCGGCUU